AUGGUUGCCGAUUGGGAAUCCCGUGCAAAAGCAAAGAGAGAGGCCAUUCUGAACUCAAUUCCAGAGAAAUGGCGACUUCAGAAGAUUCCUAGCCCAGAAGAGCAGAAAGACGUGACUGGCUCCUACAUUCAGCAAUUUCUUGAUGAGAAAGAAGUCACGAUCACCGAAACAGACGCGGUCGGCAUCGCGGAAAAGGUCGCGGCAGGCGAAUGGACUGCGGUUGAUGUCACAGAAGCAUUCUGCCACAGGGCCUCGCUAGCUCACCAGCUGGUUAAUUGCCUGCACGAGACCUUCUUUGAUGCUGCUCUGGAGUCCGCCAAAGCACUUGAUGAGUACUUUGCGAAGAACAAGAAGACAGUUGGACCUCUUCACGGAGUUCCUGUGUCGCUGAAAGAUCAGUUCCAUGUUAAGAACGUCGAAACUACGAUGGGAUAUGUAGGCUGGAUCGGAACUUUUGAAGGCAACGCCAAUGACCCUCGCAAGGGCCAGUAUGAAAGUGAAAUGGUGAGAGAGCUCAGAGCUCUCGGUGCAGUGCUGUACUGCAAGACCAGCGUUCCUCAUACUUUGAUGAGUGGGGAGACCAUCAACAACAUCAUUGGCUAUACUUGGAAUCCGAAGAAUCGCUACCUCUGUUCGGGUGGAAGCUCUGGGGGUGAAGGAGCACUGAUUUCUUUGAGGGGAUCGCCAGCUGGAUUUGGUACCGACAUUGGGGGUUCCAUCCGCAUUCCUGCGGCGUUCAAUGGGCUUUACGGCAUUCGUCCCUCAUUCGGAAGGCUGCCAUACGAAGGAAUGGCAAACAGCAUGGAUGGACAGAACACCGUUCUCUCCGUCGUCGGCCCUCUCGCCACUACCGCUCGUUCCGCUCGACUGCUCACAAAAGCUAUCCUCUCCGAAAAGCCCUGGCUGUACGAUCCAUUGACUAUCGACAUGCCGUGGCGUGAUGCCCAAGAGCAAGCAAUCCAUGAUAUUGUCAAAUACACUUCGCAGGGAAAUCGACUGAGCUUUGGAGUACUGAAAACGGACGGCAUUGUGAACCCUCAGCCGCCGGUAACUCGAGCGGUGUCGAUGCUCGCAGACGCUCUCAGCAAGGCAGGACACCAAAUCAUCGAGUGGAAGCCACCGUCGCACAAAACCAUACUAGAUAUAACGUUCAAGACAUGGGGAUACGACGGCGGAAAGGAUGUGCACGAUGCCUUUGCACUUUCUGGAGAGCCUAUGUCUCCUCAAAUCAAGAUGAGUUUUGGUGACGGGCCGAAGCCGGAAAUGACUGCCUCACAGAUCGCCGCUAACAAUGUUGAAAAACGGAAAUGCCAGAAACAAUACAUGGAUUAUUGGAAUAGUACCGCCCAGUUGACAUCGACCGGUCGACCUGUGGAUGGGUUCAUUUGUCCUCUUGCGCCAUACCCGGCUGCCAGACCCACAUUAUACAAGUAUUACGGAUACAGUGUGUUUGUCAAUGGGCUCGACUAUACAAGCGUUGUCGUACCUGUGACCAAUGCGGAUAAAAACAUCGACAAGUAUGCGGAUGGAUAUACACCCAUCAACGAGCAAGACAAGGAGGUUUUCGAAACUUAUGAUGCCGACUUGUUCGAUGGAGCUCACGUCAGUGUGCAGAUUGUCGGGCGCAGGUUCACAGAAGAGAAGAUGUUGGCAAUUGCAGAGUAUGUGGGCGGUUUGGUUGGGAAAUAA